UGGCCUCUUUCAGCAAAGAACUAUUACUUACCACUAAUUCUCAAAAUGCCUGAAAACCAAAAAGUUGUCCUAAAACUCUUGGUGACCAAGAACGCAAAGAGUUGCCAUUGAAACGCUCAUUCCACUAGGUGACUAAUAUACAGGUACUUAUCUCCCCCUACACACACACAGACACACAAAUAUCCCAUAAUUUAACAACACACCCACGUCGGGCUAACCAGCCAUCAGCCAAUCAGCGCCAAGAUCCACGAGGUGCCAAUCAUUUUCCUUUCCAGUGAUGAUGUCACGACCAUAAAAACUCCGGGGCCUGGCGGUAGGCGCCAUUGUGGCGCUUGAGGUCGGCCUUACCUGAGCCGACUGUACUUCCGGCGGUUGCUUUCAACUCGCAGGCGUCAACCAUGAUGACCGUCAAGGUGGCUGGAGUGGUGCUGGUGGUGAUGAUGAUGCACGCGCAAACAGCACGUGGGCUGCCGUUCCCCAUCGCCUGCCCAGCGGAUGGAAGUGCAACCAACUUACUCGGCUGUAAACCCAAGCCGACUACAACAACUACAGCUACCACUACGACACAGGCCCCGACUACAACAGAGCCGAGUACAGAACUCGCAACAGACACAACAGAGGUGUCCUCUACAGUGGUAACUUCUACAACAGAGGCACCUACUACUACUACUGAGGCGCCGACGACUACUACAGAGGUACCGACUACUACCGAGGCGACUACUACUACUGAGGCGCCAACUACUACAGAGGUACCGACUACUACCGAGGCGCCAACUACUACAGAGGUACCAACUACUACCGAGGCGACUUCUACUACUGAGGCGACUACUACUACUACUGAGGCACCAACAACUACAGAGGUACCUACUACAACAGUGCCUAUUACAGAGAAUGCAGAGAGUACAACAGAAGAGCCAUCUACUACAAAGGUACCUUCGACAACAGAGGUACCAACUACUAGUGAGGCGCCGACUUCAGCUACAACAGAAGCGCUGACUUCAACUACAACAGAAGCGCUGACUUCAACUACAACAGAAGCGCCGACUUCAGCUACAACAGAAGAGCCGAGUACCAGUACACCAGAGGUGCCAACAACAUCGUCAACUACAGCUGUAACAACCUCUACUACGGCAGAAGAACUAACAUCUUCAACAACCACUACAGAACCUCCACCAACCUCAACCGAGCAGCCAACUACUUCCACAACCCCGGCGGAAACGACCACAGCGGAACCUACAACGACAAUUCCAACGACGACAAUGUGCUGGCUUGACGAGACGACACACUCGCUUUGUCAGAUCGUAGAGGAUGCCGGGAGCUGCAGCAGCCUGGCCACGUCCUCCGAGCAGAUCGCGUGUGAGAUCAACGUCCUCAUCCGCACCAAGCAGUUGGCGGCGUACGGCAUCACGGACUGCAGCGUGUGCCUCUACACCACCACCGAGCCUCCCACCACCACUACUCCCGAGCCUACCACUACUCCCGAGGCUACCACUACUCCCGAGCUACCACUACUCCGAGCUACCACUACUCCCGAGCCUACUACUACUCCCGAGGCUACCACUACUCCUGAGGCUACCACCACUACCCCUGAGGCUACCACCACUACUCCCGAGCCUACUACUACUCCCGAGGCUACCACUACUCCCGAAGCUACUACUACCCCCGAGGCUACCACUACUCCCGAGCCUACUACUACUCCCGAGGCUACCACUACCACAGAAGCUACCACAUCCACUACACCGACACCAACGACGACCGGGUGCCCAGCCGUCAGCGCUGCCGCCAUUAAGCUCUGCCAGGACGCCGCCAGCACACCAACUGUUGACAUCAGCACGUGCGACCCCAAGCAGUACGAGUGCGCGCUGGCGCUGCUUACGCAGCAGGACCUCAAGUGUGACAGUCCAGCUUGUGCCUCCCUGUACACAACCACCACAACCACAACCACAUCCACAGCCGCCGCCCCUGUUGCGCCACCCGACACCACCCAGGCGCCGUUAUCAUCCACAGCGGAGCCAGCAUCGACAGAAACAACGAUAGGCAUCUCAACAACUGCGGAGACUACAGCCACAACUUAUGGGGAGUCAACAGUUCAGUUUGAAUCGUCCUCUACAGAGUCUCCUACCCCAACACCAGAACCAACUACCACUACACCAGAACCAACUACCACAGUACCAGAGACAACAGUCACAACAACACCAGAACCAACCACUACUACACCGGAACCAACUACCACUACACCAGAACCAACCACCACUACUCCGGAACCAACUACCACAACACCAGAGCCAACCACUACUACACCAGAACCAACCACCACUACACCAGAACCAACCACCACUACUCCGGAACCAACUACCACUACACCGGAACCAACUACUUCUACACCAGAACCAACUACCACUACACCGGAACCAACUACCACUACACCGGAAUCAACUACCACUACACCGGAACCAACCACCACUACACCAGAACCAACUACCACUACACCGGAACCAACUACUUCUACACCAGAACCAACUACCACUACACCGGAACCAACUACCACAACACCAGAGCCAACCACUACUACACCAGAACCAACCACCACUACACCAGAACCAACUACUUCUACACCAGAACCAACCACCACUACUCCGGAACCAACUACCACAACACCAGAGCCAACCACUACUACACCAGAACCAACCACCACUACACCAGAACCAACCACCACUACUCCGGAACCAACUACCACAACACCAGAGCCAACCACUACUACACCAGAGCCAACCACCAGUACACCAGAACCAACUACCACUACUCCGGAACCAACUACCACAACACCAGAGCCAACCACCACAACACCAGAGCCAACUACCAUCACAACAGAAGCGACUACCACGCUGCCCACGACGACACAGUGCUACAUCACCUACGAGCAAGAAGCAGACUGUGACAUCAUACAAGCCGGCUGCAGCCUGGAUAGCUUCGACAUCGCGGCCUUCCAAGCCUAUUUCGAGUGCUCCGACAAAGUGGAUCUGCUUCAACAGACUUUGUCAGCCUCGGCAUCGACGACUGCAGCGUCUGCCUGAUCCUCACGACUACUCCGCCGACCACCACUACAACACCGACCACCACCACGACUCCUACCACCACCACAACGCCCUGUCCCACUCUGAGCGCCGCCCAGACGAGUGCUUGCGCUUCGUUGAGCUUCCUGAGCACCUACGAGAGUUGCCCCGUCGGAAGUACUACCUUCCCUUGCACCCUAUCUUCCACUACUGUCACGAAAUACAGAAGCCAGCAACAGGCCAUCGCUGGCAACAGCUGCAGCUGCUAUGUUCCAUAAUUUUUUCAGCUUAAUGAUUGGUCUUCCCUGCUUUGCGUUUCUUCGAAAGCCAGCGGUUGUGCGGUCGCAUCGCCACAGGCAUCUCUUUGUAGCUCCGCCAUUUUCUGGUCAACAGCCUUCAGCGUCACGUGUGUCACGCUUUGGCCCAUUGCUUGAACUUUUGCAGCAAGUCCGCGUUUUCUUUUUUUUUUUUCUCCCUGCUUUGUGCUUACAUAAAAAGAAAACUUCA